GUACGAGGCUGAAAUCUGCUUCCGGACCACCUCGGACACGAAGGAGUGGAAGCCCGUGAGGAGCCUCUACCUCCCGCAGUGGGAAGAUGGGCCUGAUGAGGAUGGAGCAACGGUGAGCACAGUGACUGCAGCAGUGGCACUCGAGGACAUGGCCAUGCAGCCUGGGGAGGCUUGGCGCCUCCGAGUGAGGGCCUCCGGUGGCAACUGGUCGUCACCCACGCCCUGGCAAGAGCAGGAUGUGAGCCACGAGGUUCUCCUCCUCAUUGACAAACCGGAAGUCAGGGGGAAUGCUUUCUCCUACACUCUGGAGUUUGAAGUGGCAACUGACGGCGACGUGCCCGCGGAGCUUCCGCAGAACGUCCAUUUCGAAGUUCAGGUGCAGGGUAGGAAGCGCCGGGGAAGCAGCAAGUUCUCGGAUUGGGUGGGGCUUCGCAGCUUCUGCACUAUGCCGGAGCAGGUGGAAGAUACCUCAAAAGUGCUGGUUCGUUCUUUGGUGGAGCGAGCUGUAGCCGCUGAUGCCAUCAAAGCCAGCUUUGGGUAUGAGGAGCUGCGUUUCCGUGUCCGCGGGGUCAACUCGCAGGGCUUCAGCGCGCCUUCGGAGCCUUCAGAGACACAGAUGCUUCAAAUGGCGUUGCCCGCUGCAGGGGAGCUUCCGCCCUUCCCUGCCUUCUUGGGACGAGGUUAUUGCCUCAUGGAGGACCGGAAGCACAAGAGCCUCACGCAUGCAGAGAUCAUCCACCUUCACUGGCCAAAACCCCAGGUGGAGGUGCGGGAGCUGAAUGAUGGGCUGCCCCCUCUGGAGUACAAGCUCGAAAUGCAGCACCACAUUGGCGAGGAGGAAACUGACUGGGAGCCCGUGCCCGCUGCAAUGCUGUUUUCUGAGCCAGCUUCGAACAAUGUUUCUGCAUUGGUUCCACUGGAUCAGGAGGCUGAUGAAGUGGAUGACUGUGACUUCGAGUAUGCGGAGCAAGAAAGCCGGCUCUUUUUCCAAACGAAACCUACGCCUACUGAAGCCAGAUUCCGGCUCUGUGCAGACCGUCCUUCCAGCGACAUCUCCAAGUUCGACCCCGUCCACUCCCGGCCCUCCGAGAUCUUCGCCUGGAAGCUGCCGGACGUCCCCAACGCCCUGCGUGUAGUUGGUCAGUCCGGCAACAUGAUCUGCGUGAUCUUCAAUUGGCCUCGCCUUUCUCAGCUUUCGGGCCAUCUCUGGGUCUGCAUGGAGGCACACCAGUCCUUCGAGACUGACAAGGCGCUCUCCCUCUGGUAUGUGAGCCUGGAUGCCAGCAAGGAUCAACUGUCGGCGAGCGAGCUGGUUGCCAAGGCAUGCGCGGCAGCGACGAAGGAUACAUGUAUCGGCUUAACCCCCUUGCCGGACCGCUGUGCGUCUGCAGCCUGCGUUCGAAUACGCCUGCAGCUAUUCGUAAGGCAGUCGAUUCAUCAGACCAGCUGGAGCAAAUCCUUCGUGCUCGAGAGUCCGAAGGUCAAGGCUUCGGCCGGAGAGCAGGCUCCGCAGAAGAUAUGCACGCUGCAUCUCCAAUAUCCGAGCUGGACCUGCGUGCUUCCUGGUCUGGAUGAGAAUCAGACGGCCGGCAAGUUUUUUCCACGAGUGGUAUUACGAGAGAGGGAGGAGGGCGCGGAUCCCCGCGAGAUUCUGCUGUUGGGCGAGGCCAGCAAUGCCUUGGCGAACUUACAGUUGAACUUCCAGCUGGUUGAAGGAGACUUGCCUGCCUGCCUCCAGCUAGACAGCUCGUCGGGUGCCAUCCUCUGGAGACAUGCUCUUGUCGACAAUGACGAUGAGUUGGAGAAGACAAUGGCAUCCGUCAUGGAUACCUUCUCGAUUCAGGUUUCCUUCCCGGAAGACUGGUCGGAGAGCCAACUUGGCCUAGAAGUUCCUGCGCAUCUCUCCGCCUCCACAACCUUGCACUUGGCUGCUGCACCAAGCCUCUUCCGUGGUGAUGAUGCCGCUUGGGAGUUCAUCGGUGGCAUCCUGAAAGGUCCAGCUUUGGAGGUGCUCAGUGAGCGGGGCGUGGAGGCCCUGCAGGCCGCAUCCGAGCUCUUGCAG